CCCGCGGGCGCGAGCUCGUCGGAUCCCGGAUCGGAUCGGUCUUCGUCCUCGCGCCGCGGCGCGCGAUCGGCUUGGGACGACGCGCUCGCGUCGCGCGCGCGCGAACGCGAUCGAGCGUCGACGUCAGCGCCGUUGCAGGUUCGUCCGUCCGUCGUCGGUUUAAGUCGCGCGCGCGACGAUGUGCCCGCCGAAGACGGACGGCCGAUCGUCCCCGCGAUCGCCGCUGACGCGCAGCAAAUCCUCCGCGGAGGCGCUCGACGCCAAGGACGCGUCGACCGCGCCCGUCGAUCUCAAAACGCUCGAGCCGCACGAGCUCGCGGCGACGUUCGAGACGCGAUGGGUGCGCGUGGAGGACGUCGAGUACGACGUCACAAACUUCAAACACCCGGGAGGCAGCGUGAUAUUCUACAUGCUCGCGAACACGGGCGCGGACGCCACGGAGGCGUUCAAGGAGUUCCACAUGCGAUCGCUUAAGGCGUGGAAGAUGCUCAGAGCGCUGCCGUCGCGCCCCGCGGAGAUCAAACGCAGCGAGAGCGAGGACGCGCCGAUGUUGGAGGAUUUCGCGCGGUGGCGCGCGGAGCUCGAACGCGACGGGUUCUUUAAGCCCUCGAUAACGCACGUCGCGUAUCGGUUACUCGAGCUCCUCGCGACCUUCGCCCUCGGCACCGCCCUCAUGUACGCCGGGUACCCGAUCAUCGCGUCCGUCGUGUACGGCGCGUUCUUCGGCGCUCGGUGCGGUUGGGUCCAGCACGAGGGCGGGCACAACUCGCUCACGGGGUCCGUCUACGUCGACAAGCGCCUCCAAGCGAUGACGUGCGGGUUCGGGCUGUCCACGAGCGGGGAGAUGUGGAACCAGAUGCACAAUAAGCACCACGCGACGCCGCAGAAAGUGAGGCACGACAUGGACCUGGACACGACCCCCGCGGUGGCGUUUUUUAACACCGCCGUGGAGGACAACCGGCCGAGGGGGUUCUCCCGCGCGUGGGCUCGGCUUCAGGCGUGGACGUUCGUCCCGGUGACCUCCGGGCUGCUCGUCCAGGCGUUCUGGAUCUACGUCCUGCACCCGCGGCAGGUGUUGCGAAAGAAGAACUACGAGGAGGCGUCGUGGAUGCUCGUCUCUCACGUCGUCAGGACCGCGGUGAUUAAACUCGCGACGGGGUACUCGUGGCCCGUCGCGUACUGGUGGUUCACCUUCGGCAACUGGAUCGCGUACAUGUACCUCUUCGCGCACUUCUCCACGAGCCACACGCACCUCCCGGUCGUGCCCUCGGAUAAGCACCUGAGCUGGGUGAACUACGCGGUCGAUCACACCGUGGACAUCGACCCGUCGCGCGGGUACGUGAACUGGUUGAUGGGAUAUCUGAACUGCCAGGUCAUUCAUCACCUGUUCCCGGACAUGCCGCAGUUUCGCCAGCCGGAGGUGAGCCGGCGGUUCGUCCCGUUCGCGAAGAAGUGGGGGCUGAACUACAAGGUGCUGUCCUAUUACGGCGCCUGGAAGGCGACGUUCUCGAACUUGGAUAAGGUCGGGCAGCACUACUACGUCAACGGCAAGGCGGAGAAGGCGCACUGA